UGAAUUUCUUUUGCGGAGAUUCCCAUAGGUUAAAGCAACGAACGUUCAAAUUCAAAAUCAUUCACACAUUCUCAUUCUUCGUUGACAUCAUAUUUUUAUGCUUCAAGUAGGCUUUGCUGGAUUGAAGUAACUGUACAGCAGCUCAUGCGGGAGCAUUUAUAAUCACAGCAAACACAUCACAGCUGGCAUGAACAGCACGCUGGAUUGUAAGUACGAAGGUGGCGAACCCAAGGAAAACUCUGUUACAUCCGAGUAUUGUUUCGAAAAUAUGGAUUAUCACUGUGCUCAGUGUUGUAACUCCUCGGAAUAUUCGGUAAAAUCGCUUCGAAAAAUAUUCCAGUUCAACAACAGUAAUCAAGAAGCGACGGUUCCGAUAAAACCAUCAUCAGCAAGAAUCGAGCAACUUCCGGUAUGCAAAUGCAAGGAACACACAGAAGACAACAUAUUGGCUGCCAAGAAACCUUCCACCGAAAAACUAAGGGAAACGCGUUCCGUGCAAGAGUUAAGACACCUGUUCGAGACGAAGAUGAAAUCAUUGGAUCGUGCAUCUACCAGUGGUUCGAUCGAUACCUACUCGAGACCCGUCUCCGGGAAGACGGAUGAUCGACAGGACACCAUCUCCUUAGACCCACCGCAUCCAGAAGGACAAAUUUUCAAGUACAGCGAACUACCCGUCCAAAGCAAGACGUGCAAACGGUGGAACAUUACCAAUACAAGCAUUGUGGAAAUACCGAACGGAAUGCAAAUUACCUUCACAAUGAUGAAUGACAGCAAACAUUAAGAACUUACCGGGUGUGUAGCAGUUCUGAAGAAAUCCAAAAUUCUUC